AAUAAAUCCUUUGUAAUAAGUUCACCUUCAAGCCUGGACUCCUUUCCAUGUAUCUCACUACAGAAACCACGUUGUUGCUCAUGACCAUUUACUGAUAACCCGACACGCUCAUGAUCUGGAGUGCUGUUGUCUGAGCCGACCCCAGCACUCUCUGUACCGCACAUCGCUCGUGACCUCUUCGCCCUCAAGGCAAGAUGGCCACGCAGCCAGGCCCGGUCAUGGAAUUCCUGGGGCGAGUAGCCUACGAGUUUGAGAUGAUGCGCCCAUUGUUCCCGACCUACCUGCAUCUUCUCAUCUCGGCUAUCUUCCCCAUAUACACAGCUGCGCAUGCUUCACUCUCGAGGCCGCCGUCGGCUGCUGCCCGAAAGAAGACGAAGCGCGCGACCUCAGACAACGAAGACGACGAUGAAGAAGAGGAAUCACCACAGAUCGAAAGCCUGAGUCCAUCAGAUGCGCUCGUGUUCCCACUUUUGGCCGGCGGGACUCUGGCAUCACUGUAUUUCAUCCUCAAAUGGCUUCAGGACCCUGCCUGGCUGAACUGGGUGUUGGGGAUCUAUUUCUCGCAGAUCGGCCUCUUCUUUGCCAUCAAGUUCCUGAAGGACGUUUUUGCAGUAGCUCGCUCCGUCUGUUUCCCCGCUACGUACUCUUGGAGAGGACGGAUAUGGAAAGUUGACGAGCGAGAACACCGCUACAAGACCGACGACGGCAGGAUAACAGCAUCUCCCUUUCCAGGGUUAUUCGGCGCCACACCCCUCCCAGCCUCUCUGACCCGCCAGAUCUGGAGACUAAGGAAUCUAUUAUACGCGAAAGCCAGACUGAAAUUCCAUAUUCAUGGGCUUGUAACCAUCAAGAGGUCUGUUGACAUUCUGGACGUGGCAAGCCUCGUGUUGUCUUGCAUUCUAGUGUACUAUCACGGAUUUGUGUCGAAGCCAUGGUUCCUCACCAAUUUCCUCGGCUUCUCAUUCUGCUACGGCUCGCUGCAAUACAUGACUCCAACAACGGCAUGGACCGGAACUCUGGUGCUGAGCGCUCUGUUCUUCUACGACAUUUACUUUGUCUUCUUCACUCCAAUGAUGGUGACGGUUGCCACGAAACUGGAUGUGCCGAUUAAACUGCUCUUCCCCCGGCCUGACGGAUGUGUCUACCCCAUCGGAGCGCCCGAGGGAUCGCCCGCUAUGGAGGAGUACCUGCAAUGUCUUGCGAAGAAACGGACAAUGGCAAUGCUAGGCCUAGGUGAUAUUGUGGUGCCCGGCAUGCUUCUUGCGUUCGCACUCAGGUUUGACUUGUACCUGCAUUAUCUCCGAAAAGGCCGCAGCGACCAGAAGUCUACUGAUUCGACAAAGAUUGAGCAGAAUGAACCGUCAAAGCCAAUCUACGCCAAUGCGAAGGGGGCUUGGGGUGAACGGUUCUGGACCAGUUCGAAACUGUGGACCAAGGAUGUCAAGGCCAAGCAGUUCCCUAAACCGUACUUUUACGCUACAAUCUUUGGCUAUGUCGCUGGAAUGGUCACAACGGUUGUGGUGAUGCAGAUUGCACAACAUGCGCAGCCGGCACUGCUGUACUUGGUCCCGGGAGUUCUCCUUUCGCUCUGGGGCACGGCCUUGUUCAAAGGAGACCUUAAGCUUCUGUGGCACUACACAGAACUUCAGGAGGAGGAGAAAAAGAAGACGGCUGAUGACGAUACAAAGAAAGAAAAUGCGGCGCCACAACUGAAAAGCAGCGAACAGAUGACAGAGGCAGCCAGCACCGAUGUGGUCAAAGCCCCUGAAAAGGGCGAGCACGAGGGGUCUGUUGAACAACAAGACACAAACAACGAUACUCAGAAGUCCACGCGGGGGAGGCAGAAUAGCCAUUCCGGCAAGCUCGUGUACCUCUCAAUCAGCUUGCCCAAACACGCUUCGGCUAGAGCACACGAGCUCUCCGCCACAACAACCAAAAAAGACGAAUCGAGCGACAUCACUAAGCUGAAGACGAGGGAUAUCCCUCAUCAGCGCCCAGGCCAAGAACAGUCGGAAGACGGGGAGCCUCCGGAAAAGCGAGCACGACUGGCAUGACGACCCAACUAGAUAUGUGAUUCAGCCGAACAAAGUGUUUGAUGCAUGCAUAGCGGCGGCACGGCGAUAGAGCGGGUUCAGGGAAACCGUUUUUGGGCCUUUACGAAAGUCUCAGGCAUGUACUGUACUAAAGGAAUAGUCAGAUGAAAAGUCAUGAUUUCAUUGCUAAUGUG